AUGGCGUCACGUCGCGAUACGAUGAUGUCACGUCGCGAUACGAUGAUGUCACACUGCGAUAUGAUGAUGUCGUGUCGCAAUACAAUGACGUCACGUCACGAUACGAUGAUGUCACGUCGCGAUAUGACGAUGUCGUGUCGCAAUACGAUGACGUCGUGUCACGAUACGAUGAUGUUGUGCCGCGAUACGAUGAUGUCACGUUGCGAUAUGACCAUGUCGUGUCGCAAUAUGAUGACGUCACGUCGCGAUACGAUGACGUCACGUCGCGAUAUGACGACGUCACGCCGCGAUGCCCCGCAGGGUGACGUGGAGGAGGACGAGGCGGUGCCGGACAGCGAGCAGGACAUCAAGCCGCGGUUCCACAAGUCGCGCACGGUGACGUUGGCGCACGAGGAGCAGCGGGGGGGGGACGGCGACGGGGACGGCGAUGACGAGGACGACGACGAGACCCUGUCGGACUGGAACCUGCGUAAGUGCUCGGCCGCCGCCCUGGACGUCCUGGCCAACGUGUUCCGCGAGGAGCUGCUGCCCCACCUGCUGCCCCUGCUCAAGGAGCUGCUCUUCCACCUCGAGUGGGUGGUCAAGGAGUCGGGGAUCCUGGUCCUGGGGGCCAUCGCCGAAGGCUGCAUGCAGGGCAUGGUGCCCUACCUGCCCGAGCUGGUGCCGCACCUGAUCCGGUGCCUGGCGGACAGGAAGGCGCUGGUGAGGUCCAUCGCCUGCUGGACCCUGAGCCGUUACGCCCACUGGGUGGUCGCGCAGCCCCCCGAGCUCUACCUGAAGCCCCUCAUGACCGAGCUGCUCCAGCGCAUCCUCGACAGCAACAAACGCUGCCUGUCCUCGGUGGCCACGGCCCUGCAGAGCGGGUUCCUGCCCUACUGCGAGCCCGUGUACCAGCGCUGCGUCACCCUGGUCCAGAAAACCCUGGCCCAGGCCAUGAUGUACAACCAGCACCCCGAGCAAUACGAGGCCCCCGACAAGGAUUUUAUGAUCGUGGCCCUGGACCUGCUGAGCGGCCUCGCCGAGGGGCUCGGUGGCCACGUGGAGCAGCUGGUGGCCCGUUCCAACAUCAUGACGCUGCUUUUCCAGUGCAUGCAGGACACGAUGCCCGAGGUGCGGCAAAGCUCCUUCGCCCUCCUGGGCGACCUCACCAAGGCCUGUUUCGUGCACGUCAAGCCCUGUAUCGCUGAAUUCAUGCCCAUCCUGGGCACCAACCUGAACCCCGAGUUCAUCUCCGUCUGCAACAACGCGACCUGGGCCAUCGGGGAGAUCUGCAUGCAGAUGGGAGCAGAAAUGCAACCCUACGUGCAGAUGGUCCUCACCAACCUCGUGGAGAUCAUCAACCGCCCCAACACCCCCAAAACCCUGCUGGAGAACACGGCCAUCACCAUCGGGCGCCUCGGCUUCGUGUGCCCUCAGGAGGUGGCCCCGAUGCUGCAGCAGUUUAUCCGGCCCUGGUGCACGUCGCUCCGGAACAUCCGCGACAACGAGGAGAAGGACUCGGCCUUCCGGGGGAUCUGUGUCAUGAUCGGGGUGAACCCCGGGGGGGUCGUGCAGGAUUUCAUCUUCUUCUGCGACGCCGUCGCGUCCUGGGUGAGCCCCAAGGACGACCUGAGGGACAUGUUUUACAAGAUCCUGCACGGCUUCAAGGCCCAGGUGGGCGAGGAGAACUGGCAGCAGUUUUCGGAGCAGUUCCCCCCCCUCCUCAAGGAGCGACUGGCGGCGUUUUACGGGGUCUGAGCCAGGGGGUGACCCCUCAAACAGGUGCGGGGGGGGCCCCAGCAUCCCCAAAAAUGGGGGGGGGGGCACAGCCAGAAC